UCAUUGCCAACUCCAUUGGCUUACUUCUUUGUCAUUUGUCUUCUUCAAGCUCUCAAAACACACUACACACUCUGCCUUUCACUCACUCAGCGCAUUAACCCUUCUUUCACUAUCUCAUUUUGAUUAUUCUUCAUAAAAAGCAUUAAAUAUUCUGUCUUUUCAAUCACUUCCCUAUUGCCCUUUCAGUUUCAGUUGGGUUUGUUUUAGUUCAUUGCUUCAGACUCAGUUCACAAGGACUUGGUGCUUCUUUGCUGUAACAUUCUGUUAAAGAAUGGAAUCUGAAAAUGGAGUUGUGAUGGAGGAGGAGAGUGUUGUGACAGCAAACGUUCAUGCGGAAGGAUCUGCUCUUGAAACAAAGAAAGAAAAACAGAGUGCUAAAAAUGGCGAAGACGCUUCCAAGCAUUUUACAAAAGCUGAAGGUGUUUCAGAAAGUAAAAUCUCAAAACCCUUGAAGGAACCUAGUGUUACCAACGGUGGUAAUUCAAAAACCAGUAAAACAACCAAGGAUAAGACUAAUUCGAAAGGUGGAGCUCCAUUUACUCGUAAUCAGAGGCCGGUCCUCUCCCAGAGUCUUUCCUUUCCAGCGAGAGGAGCUCAUGCAGAUGGUAUGAAGAGGAGCAUAGAUGGACACCCAGUGAAGAACGAAACCAAAAAUACACGAGCAAUUGGGGCCAAAGCUCAGGGUCCUUCUGCAAAUGGAACAGUCACUUCGGUUUCCCGUUUGAGUCAACCCAACAGACGUGCAUCCACUGGAGCGGACUCAAAGGAAGUGAGCACAAACAAUGGAGUUUCUUCCAGGCGGACUAGUUCAGCAACUGUUCCUGGUGUUCACAAAGCUGCACCGGUGAAUUCUGGUUCGGUGAAUGCAGCUGCUAACGGUCCUCCACCUGAAGUUUCCCAAUCAGUUGAUCAAAAUUCAAAACCUAUAACAACUGCAUUGUCAAACAAAGAGGAUGAUGACACCCGUUCCACUACCUCGAGUGCCACUGGGCGGAGAAGCGGCGGAGGAUUCAACUUCAGGUUGGAUGAACGUGCUGAAAAACGAAAGGAGUUCUUUUCGAAGCUAGAAGAGAAAAUCCAUGCCAAGGAAAUGGAAAAAAGCAAUUUGCAAGCAAAGUCAAAGGAAAACCAGGAGGCAGAGAUCAAGCAACUGAGGAAGAGCUUGACAUUUAAAGCUACGCCAAUGCCGAGCUUUUACAAGGAACCUCCUCCAAAAGUUGAACUAAAGAAGAUACCAACCACACGUGCAAAAUCCCCCAAGCUCGGAAGGAAUAAGGGCUCCAUUGCUGCAAAAGAUGUCUCCUUCGAAAAUGGAGAGUCUUGUCUUGGCCCAAAAGUGAACCAAGAACCAAGCAAUACCACGAAGGGGAUCAUAACAAAUUCCAACAAAGACUCUGCCACCGCAAAGACUGUCAUCAGAAAGUCUCAAACUAAACUUCAGUCACAGGUUACUGCACGAGCAAAAUCCGAAGCGAAGCCUAUUAAGUCAAAACCGAAGAUCAUAAAAGCUGCAGGGAACAAAAUCCUGGAAGGAUGCAAUGGGAAACCUGAAGAAAACCAGAACCAAUAUUUGGUCCAUCCUGAAUGCUCGGAUGCAAACCAGAGCCAUCCUGCUCCAAGCGAUGGACCAAUUAUGAGUAUUGCCAACGCUGAGAUUAUGAUGCACGAAGUUACGGUCGGAGGUUGAAGAAAUGAGUCUUAGCCAUUGUAUUCAUAGGUUCUUAAAGUUUCAAGUUCCAUGAUGUUUGUUCAUAAUGUUGUAUGCUGUAUGUUGCUUAUGACAUUUUAUAUUUUUUUGGAGAUGUUAUAUAUGUAGCGUCUACAGGUUAAAGUAUUAAUGCAUUCAUUUAUUGAGCGUAAA